CAGCAGCGCCACCGCCACCCACCAAAACAAAAAUGGCGGGCGAAGUCAUCGUCGACGCUCUUCCCUACAUUGAUCAAGGAUAUGAUGAACCAGGAAUUCGAGAAGCUGUCAUGGCAAUGGUGGAAGAAGAAACACGGCGAUAUCGACCAACAAAGAAUUACUUAGAACACUUGCCGCAGCUGUCUUUUCAUCAAUUCGAGACGGAGAUAUUGAAGACCGAAUAUGAACGCCUUCAAGCAAGACAACCUAUGGAAAUGAUGAGCAUGAAAAGGUAUGAAUUACCGCAGCCUCCAGCCGGCAAGACGACGGACGUAGCCUCGUGGAACGAAUGCGUCGACAACUCGUACGCUCAACUUGAACAUCAAUCAACGCGGAUCGCCAACCUAGAGCUCAUGUCUAAAUACGGCUGUGAAGCCUGGAAACACUACAAUGCCGCCUUGGUGCAGAUGUUGCACCAGAUGCAAAAGCAGCUCCAAGAUUUACGGAAACAAAUUCAGGAGGUGAACUGGCGGAGGAAAACUUCCCAAACUGAAGGCGGGGAGAAGCUGAAGAAUCUCGAAGCAAACUGGGUCGGAUUGGUGAGUAAAAACUACGAGAUUGAACGAGCCUGCGUGGAGCUAGAGAAAGAGAUAGCAUCGCUGGAGGCGGAAUACGACCAGACGAAAAAGGCGCAGCUAGAGGCGCCUCAGGAAACGCCAGGGGAAGAAGAACAGGAAUCUGAAGUAGUAGUAGUACAAGAACCCCAAAUGCAAGAGGAGGAUGUUGUGGAACAAAUGGAACAAGGGGAGCAACAGGACGAAGAGGAGAGCACAACUCCUCCAGAACGGGAGGAAGAGGAGAGAAUAGAUCCUGCAGAGGAGCAAGAUGAGAUGCCACAAGCAUCGGAGUCAUAGGAAUCACUUGCAUUUUCACGUUCUGGCAUGGUCAUCAUCUGUAAUAAAGUCCACGAUGGUUAACACACAA